AUGCAGAGUUCUGAUCAUAUCUGGAUCCAGCAUGUAAUCGGUGACGAUCCUUCUGAAUGCCGUUUGACGGACUCCAGAGGCCGUCGUCGUCCGCUAUAUUUCACAGCUUCAUCAGCAUCACGUCUUCUUCAUUUAGCUACAAAUCUCACUGAGGUUACUAUUCUCAUAAAAGAAGUGGACGCGUACCAAAAUCCAUUCUCUGCUACAAGCGUCGGAGACUGUUCACCUUUCACUCCUGGUGGUUACCUUGGUCGAUUGCUCGGACUGAAUCCGCCUCCACUACCGAAACUUAAACAACUCUCACUUCAUGUUGAUGUCAUGGUUGAAUCGAUUAGUGUUUCGCCACUACGGUGCCCCAACGAAGACCUACAGUAUGCUCUCUAUGCGCUGUCUUCAGCGCCGUUUCGAACGUUUGUACAAAUAAGCUUCUGUUGUGCACAAUUUCGAGAAAGUGAUGUUGGAGCGAGAAGUUACCUCAUUGCUGGCAUGGAGCAAACGCUUAAAGCUGCUGCUGAAGCCGGUGCUGACACGGAGUUCGAGGUGGAACCGGAAGAGGGAUACGUCGACAUGACCAUUGAAAAGGGACAUGUCGAGUAUACGUUUGCGUUUUUCUACUAUAAUCCAUCAAUAUGUGAACCAGCACCUACUGAAGAAAUUGUUGAUCGACGAAAGUCACCUGUAUAUGUUUAA